CACAUCGGGGCGAGGCCAGCCUAGUUAUGAGUUUUAUUAUCCAUCAGCAGUAGCAUGGCAAUUGGGAUUUGGCCAAGUGCCGAUUCAUCCUUUCUUCGCCGAUAAGGUUAAAGCGAGGGAGACUGUCAAGAUCACUUUGGUUUAUGGUCGCCUGAAGAACUUGGAGCCCGAUGUGAGUACCAUUGAUCUGAGUAAUUGGCAAAUUGCCCCUUUCACAUCGAUCCCCUUCAAACAUUGGUGGUCAGAAUGGCAAGACCAUCUCUUCUGCUUAUCGGUGAGCAGUUACUGCAAAAAUCUUGAUGCCGAUUACCAAGAACCUAAGGAGGAGACUCCCAGUGUAUCUCCUCCAACGAUGAGUAGGAGCGGCCAAUUGAUUGCACAUGCUCCUUCAUCGGAGAAUCCCCUUAUCGGCUAUAAUGCUCCAUCUCUGGAACACAUUUUGGCAGGGAGGAAACGAAAGCCCUCUAGCACCAAAGUAGUGACGCGUAAAUCUCCAGUCCAAGGGUCUUCAAGCCAACAAGCUCUUUUAUCGGCAACAUCAUCAUCGGCACAGGUUGCCGAUACUACAAUUGUAGAUGUUCCGGAUACUCCGCCAGCUGGAGAACAUGCCGAGGAUACACCAAUCGGAGAUCAGACAGGAAGAACAGAUUCCCAAGACGACUCGCCACAGUCUUCUCCUUCGGCUAGAAUUAAAACCUUGUCCCCAGCAUUGAAGAAGGCAAGAACAACUGCUUCGUCUUCUCAGGUGCUAGCUGGGACUUCCAGUCAAUCAACCCCUUCACAUGGGACUUCUGAUGCUGGGGCAGCCGCUUCUCUGCAGAUGGCCACACUACUUCCCCCUCCUAGCUCCAAUUUUGACGAGAUGAACUUGAAGCAGAUAAAAAUCCUCUUCCAGCCGAUUUCAUAAUUAAAAAAUUUCAUCGGCUAACCUUACUUUUCUUUCACGCACAAGACUCUCCAGACAACAGCAUGUUUUCUUUUCAGAUUGGGCCGCCUUGCAAGAAGAAGAGCCAUCAUCGGCUGAAUCUGCAGCAUUACCAGAAGACGUCAGGACCAAGCUCCAAGAGAUUCUCUCUUUCCUGAAUCAGGAUAUCGGUCAAUUGGUUCGAGAUGCCGAACCGAUUCGUGCUGUCUUGAAGCUUUUGGAAGGCCAGCUCCCUGAACCGAUUGAAGAAGCAUUGACUCCUGUGGCAUUCAUCGAGAGCCACCGGGUGCAAGUCCUGAGAGCUCAGAAACGUCUUGCUGAUCACCUCCAACAAGAACAGAUUGCCAAGCAAAGGGAUGAUCUCAAAGGUCUUGUGGAGUAGACUCGUAAAGAAAUUGACUCGUUGACCCUUUCUCAGGCCGAUCUGCAGAAAACCAAGAGUGAGCUGGAGGCCAAGCGUGAUUUCCUCCUUCAAGAACUCAAUCGAGUCAACCAAGAUAUCGAUGCCGUAGAUAAUGAUUUGUCUCAAACCCAACCGGCCAUCAAGAAGAUUGAAGCAGAGAAACAGGAGCGAGCUCGCCAAGCCUAUCAAAUUCACAAGAGUCUUCAGCCGAUUCCGGGUUCAGCCGAUGAUGACAAUAGGGCGAUCCAAGAGGCUGACGAAAUCCGCCUGCGUGCGAUGAAUGUGAUCCAAAAUUCUCUUGGAUCAUUGUAAUAGAUUUAUGCACUUAGCUCUGUGAUGCAAACACUUUCAGCCCCAUUAUGAUGUAUGCUGUAGUGCGAAUUCUUCUGGCCUCA